UGAUUGGCAAAAUAAAAAUAAAAAUCAGUAGCCCGAUGUUUCUAGCGAAUAGGAGGAGGAGGACACGCAAUGGGCACAUUGACAGCAGAACGGGAAGCUGAGAACGAUGAGGAGGAGGAGAAGUCAAAGGAGAGAGGAGGAGGAGAAGUCAAGGAGCGAGAAGGAGGGACACCAGCUACGGCGGCAGCGACCUGGGCGACGCGUACACUGGCACCGUUAGCAGCCUUCAGCUUCAGUCAGCUGCCAUCAGCUAUCCUCAGCUACGGUGGCAGCCUUCAGCUUCAGUCAGCUCAGCUACGGUGGCAGCGACCUGGGCGACGAACAUACUGGUCCCGUCAGCUACCGUCAGCUGCCGUCAGCCACUCUGAGCUACCUUCAGCCGCCCUCAGCUACGGCGGCAGGAACCUGGGUGACGAACACAGCGGUACAUUUGCCAUCCCUGGAACUGUAUCUGACCGUCAUUGCGGUCAGCGGGAAGAAGGAACGCCGCAGACUCUGAGGCAGUGCUUGGAAGAGCAGCGUGUCCUCCAAGUCCUACGUGUCACUUUGACGGGAGUCCUCUUCUUCUCGAUCAUGUGUAUCUCGACGCUUGGCGCCAAUCGCAAGGACUCUCUGCGCGACACGUGGCACUCCGCCUUUUGGCCGGCGAAGGUUGCUGGCCUCUUCGGACUGCUCUUGUUGUCGUUUCUGGGGCUGCCAGAGAUCCUUCUCCGAGCUUUCGGCGUAGUUUCCAUCGUCGGCUCUGGGGUUUUCGUCGUUAUCCAGAUCCUCAUCUUCUUGGACUGGAUCUACUCCUGCAACGAGGACUGGCUCUCCGACGACAAGUUGAAGAGGUGCAUGGUGCCUGUCAUCGUGAUAGCGGUGCUCAGUUACAUCUUAUGCCUCGUCGGGAUCGGGGUUUUGUACCACUGGUUCGUUCCCUCCGCCCGUCGCUGCCCGCUUAACACGUUUUUUGUCACCUUCACUCUCGUGAUCUGCGUGGUCAUCACUUGUAUAUCAAUCUUACCCCAGGUCAUGGCCGGUCCGCUGACGUCGGGACUGACAUCUCUGUACCUGGUCUAUCUUUGCUGGUCGGCGUUGACCAGCCAGCCGCCUGUUGCAUGUAGAGCGAAGGAAGAGUAUGGGAUAGGAGAGGGAGGAGGGGUUGAGGGGGGGGGCAGUCCGGGUACGGUCACUAUUAUUGGGUUUGUCCUUGCCUUCUUGUCCAUUCUCAUAGCGACCUUCACCGCCGGUCUGGAGUACCAAUCAUUCACGCUGAAGAGACGGGAUGAGUCUGAUCCGUACGGUCCACGUGGCGGUCGGGGUCUGGGUGAUGACGAUUCCCUGCCUUACAGUUACUCCUUCUUCCAUCUGGUGUUUCUGACCGGGUCGAUGUACGUCGGGAUGCUCUUGCUCGGCUGGGAUCUGCAUCAGGGAGAUCCGACCAAGCUGAAGCUAGACCAUGGAUGGACUGCAAUGUGGGUCAAGAUGGGAUCGCAAUGGGCAUGUGCGGCCCUCUACGUCUGGACAAUGGUCGCGCCAUUGUUGUUGAAAAACCGCGACUUCAGAUGAUUCGCGGUCGUCUAGGGCCUAGCUCC